UGGAGCCGGUACAGCCAUGCCAAGCUCCCUCCGAGAGCUCUAGAAAGCCGGUCACUAACUUUGCAGACGGAUGAACCCCGAGCAGCCAGAGGAGACUGGGGCUUUCAACGCUUGCCCCUCUGUCCUGCCGUCUUGGAUCCCGUGGGCCCUCCUAGGUCAUGCCUGAACUACCUUGGAAUAUGGAAGAGUGAUUAUGUUCCCUUUCUCCAAUCUUUCGUGAAGAGUCUCCAAAAAGGCCAGGGAAUGGCAAGGACUGAACGUGCUGAGGACAGAGCUGGAAGAAGGGGUGGUCCUGGGCAGGGGGAUUGUCAUGAGAAGAGAUAUCUUCCCCUGGUUCUAAUGGACACAGCGGCUCCAUUUCGGAACCUUGAUAUGGAACCCUGAAGUGGCUCUGAUUUCCAGAGUUCAGUGGCAGACCCCACCACCCCAGGCCCUUCCUGCCCCUCCCACAGCCAGCUUUCAAGCUCUGAGAGGGAGGGGUGGGGAGGGGAUCGCGAUCUCACAAGACAGGGGACCAUCAUGAUGCUCAACUCAGACACCAUGGAGUUGGACCUGCCUCCCACUCACUCCGAGACCGAGUCGGGCUUCAGUGACUGUGGGGGUGGGGCAGCCACCGAUGGUGCUGGGCCGGGGUGUCCGGGCGGGGGCCAGGCCCGGGGGUCGGAGUCAGGAGAGCCUGGCCGGAAAGACCUGCAGCACCUAAGCCGGGAAGAGCGCAGACGUCGGCGCCGGGCCACGGCUAAGUACCGCACGGCUCAUGCCACGAGGGAGCGCAUCCGCGUGGAAGCCUUCAAUUUGGCCUUCGCUGAGUUGCGUAAGCUGCUGCCCACGCUGCCUCCGGACAAGAAGCUUUCCAAGAUUGAGAUCCUGCGUCUGGCCAUCUGCUACAUCUCCUACCUGAACCACGUGCUGGACGUCUGAACUCAGCCUGUCUCCUGUCCCGGACUCUCCCUUCCUUCCGGGGUCUCUCUAGAGCCCCUUCUACAGCUCAUUGCUUGGAGUGGACUUCUCCUCCCCAUCCCAAAGGCACCAGGCCCAGACAGUGCCCACCGCUGGUCCUGAAGGCCACUUUCUUUUACUUACCUAGGCACCCUGAGAUCUGUUCUCAUGAGUUCCUUCAGAGUGUUGCUGUUAGUGGUCUAACUGGUCAGAAUCGUUUGCUAGAGUGAUCAGAAUAGAGUCCUGUUGGAUUUCCUAAACCCAGUUCUCUGGGCUGCUGCCUUUUCUACUCUUAUGUCCAGAUUUUCAGAGUCCCCAGACCCAGACUCUCUUCCAUCUCUCCUAGCCUGUGGUGAGGAUGGGGCAUCAGAACUAGAAGGGUGUAAGGCUGGGAUUAGAGUCAGGGAAGGGCUUCUUCAUUUUGCUUGGAGGAGGAGUAGGCUUUUGGGAGAUAGAGGAUGAGUGAAAUAACACCUGAAAGGGGAAUCUCAGUAGCCAGGAAUGAUAGAAAACUUUUUUGCUUUUCUUUUGUCCAUCUUGGUCCUGAGGCUCAGCACAUACAGACCUCAGUUCUUACUCAGUAGUGAGUGCCUUGCCCUCUCUGAGCUAUUUGGCUGCCUCCCUGCCCACUACCAUUCCAAUCUUCUCCCUCCCUGUGGGCCCCUAAAAAAGGGAAAAACUCAAUCCUGGGAUGGGGGUGACAUCUCCAAAUAGCAUAUGGUAUCUGCAGAAGGCCCAGGCCAUGCGUGGGUGGGCCAGCCCUGACAGCCACUUUCUUCUCCAUCCCAACCCACCCUGAAGAUGUACAGAAUCCAUGCUGAUUCCUCACUAAGAUGCAAGGGGAUGCCCUAUUAUUGCCCUCCAGGACUGCUCCUGGUCCCAGAGCCUAUUUAUUACAUUUUUUUUUUCUGUUUCCUUAAGUUGCCAUUGCAAAAGAAGAUACACUCCCACCCCACCUCAUGGUUCCCCCACCCCAUGGUGCUGAGCCCCACUCAUUCAUUAUAGCCCUGGGCCAGCAGAACAAAGGACCUUAGAACCUGUCUAGAAGAAAUGAACUCAUUGCAUUUCUAUGAUCCCUCCACCCUUAUACCAAACUCCUAGCUCUGCAAGGAUAUUUAUUUAUGUAUUUAUGUAUUUAUUUAUUUAUUUAUCUAUUUAUUUAUUUAUUCAUAAAUAUUACUAUUUAUUG